UUUUCUCCUGCGUGGUGCGUACCCCUACACUUGCUUUCCGAGCGAGCAGAUUCAGCCAGGAUGGAGGACGGCGUGCUUUCACUCUGGUUCUGAGAUGGCUGAUGAGGUCGAUGUGGGACCCCAAGACACUACCACAGAUGGAGCUAGAGGUUCUUGAUGGGGCAAGACAGGCAGGUCUGAAAUUGUAAAGAAGAACUUCCCGAUUGGCUCAAGAUGGAAAACCACACAACGCAGAUAUCUCGGGAAGAGCUGGAAGAAAUGAAAGAAGCCUUUAACAAAAUAGAUCUUGACAAUUCUGGUUAUAUCAGUGAUUAUGAACUUCAAGAUCUCUUUAAGGAGGCAAAUCAUCCUCUACCUGGUUACAAGGUUCGUGAAAUUGUGGAACAAAUUCUAGCUGUGGGAGACCGUUCUGGGGAUGGAAGGAUUAGUUUUGAGGAAUUUGUUUCGGUCUUCCAGGAUCUUAAAGACAAGGAGAUCAGCAAAACGUUUAGAAAAGUCAUCAAUAAAAAAGAGGGGAUUUGCGCUAUAGGUGGCAUGUCUGACAGGUCCAGUGAAGGGACCCAGCAUUCCUAUGAAGAGGAAGAAAAGGUUGCAUUUGUUAAUUGGAUUAACAAUGCAUUGGAAGGUGAUCCUGACUGUCAACUGAUUCCCAUGGAUUCUAACAGUGACCGUCUGUUUAGUGCAGUUGGUGAUGGCAUUCUCCUAUGCAAAAUGAUAAACUUAUCCCAGCCUGAUACAAUUGAUGAGCGAGUGAUUAACAAGAAGAAGCUGACUCCAUUCACAAUUUCUGAAAAUCUGAACCUUGCUCUGAACUCCGCCUCUGCCAUUGGCUGUACUGUGGUGAACAUCGGUGCAGAAGAUCUCAAGGAAGGGAGACACCACCUGGUGCUGGGCCUUCUGUGGCAGAUCAUAAAGAUUGGUCUGUUUGCUGAUAUUGAGAUUACCAGGAAUGAAGCACUUAUUGCUCUGUUGAUGGAAGGUGAAGAGCUAGAGGAGCUAUUGAAACUCUCACCUGAAGAUCUUCUUCUACGUUGGGUCAACUACCAUCUUGAAAAUGCAGGGUACAAACAUAUCACCAACUUCAGUCAAGACAUUAAGGAUUCCAAGGCUUAUUUCCAUCUACUUGAUCAGAUUGCACCCACUGGCGAUGGAGAUAAAAUGAUGGUUGAGAUUGAUAUGACUGGCUUUAAUGAAAAGGAUGAUCUCAAGAGGGCAGAAUGCAUGCUGCAACAAGCUGAUAAAUUAGGCUGCAGACAGUUUGUCACACCAGCUGAUGUUGUCAGUGGUAAUCCCAAACUCAACCUUGCCUUUGUAGCCAACCUGUUCAAUAAGUAUCCAGGACUGCACAGAUCAAAUAAUGAGUAUGACCUCACCUUGUUGGAAGGUGAAUCAAGGGAAGAGAGAACCUUCAGGAAUUGGAUGAAUUCACAGGGCGUGAGUCCCUUUGUCAAUCACCUGUACAGUGAUCUGACAGAUGCUUUAGUAAUAUUUCAGCUAUACCAGAAUGUCAACGUGCCGGUAGAUUGGAACCGUGUCAAUAAGCCUCCGUAUCCACAACUUGGGGUGAACAUGAAGAAGCUUGAAAACUGCAACUAUGCCGUUGAACUGGGUAAGACCAAGGCCUGCUUUUCUCUUGUGGGUAUUGGUGGACAAGACUUGAAUGAUGGCAAUCCAACGCUUACACUAGCUCUAGUUUGGCAGCUGAUGAGAAGGUAUACCCUCAAGGUGCUUUCAGAUCUUGGAGAGGGGUCAAAGGUGACAGAUGAAAUUAUCAUAAAGUGGGUAAAUGAGACUUUGGCAAAUGCAAAGAAGAGCAGCUCAAUUACUAGCUUCAAGGAUAAAUAUAUUUGCACCAGUUUGCCUGUUAUAGACUUGAUAGAUGCUGUUGUACCAAAUGCAAUUUGCUAUGAUCUGGUGAAACGUACUGACCUUUCGGAUGUUGACAAGUUGAACAAUGCAAAGUAUGCCAUUUCAGUAGCCCGAAAGAUAGGUGCCCGGGUAUAUGCACUGCCUGAAGAUCUGGUGGAAGUGAAGCCAAAAAUGGUUAUGACUGUUUUCGCCUGCUUAAUGGGAAAAGGAUUGAAAAAGGUUUGAAGAAAACCGACUGCCUUAUUCACCAUGACCCUGUCUGCCAUAUCAAUUGGAUUCUGCAAUCUGCAACUUAAAGAAUUUUGUUUCAUUUCACAUUCUGCAUCUGUUUUCAGCAGAACUUAAUAUCAUUGAGAACAAUUUGAGAAAUAAGUACUAACUGGGAAAUACUUUCAUCUUGUGCACCUAAUUCAGUUACUUUGCAUGGAUUUGAAAUUUAGUGAGUAAAUCAAAACUUAUUUCUUUCAGUUUGCUCUUUACCAUAUCAUUCACCACAUUUUUGCAUACCUCCUGUGUUGCUUACAUAUGAAACAUGUCCAAUAUUCUUGUGCCUGAAUAUGUUCCUGAUCUGCCUGCUUUUUGGAUAUAGCCUCUUUUUGAACAUGGUUAUCAUUAUUAUCAAGUUAUAAAUACUUAAAUCUGGAAGGAGAUGCACAGUUUCAAUUUGUUUGUUUCUGUGGUUUGAAUGUAGUCUUGAGCGGCUUCAGAACAAAUACGAAGCCCAAAGAUUGAAUUGCCAUAAAUUCUGUGGUACAAAACUUCAUAGUCACAGUUUGAACUUAGGGAUGAACUGCUAAACUGAGGUUUUGCUGGUUCUCCCAGGAGAAUGUAAAAGACGGCAAGGGCAUAGGCAUAGUGUGAAACUGCACAGGUGCAGAGGGGUCUGUUUAAAAAUGGGUGCAAAUAGUGUUGGGACAGGGUUCACAAGAUAAUACAUAAUGUUGAACAUGAUCUCCACAAAACAGAAUAAUGUGGCAUUCAAAUGUGACUUUAGACUUUCAUUCUAAUAAACAUAACAUCUGCUUGAUUACCUUAUUGAAUCAGCAUUUCUAUGAAUUGCAGGCUUACAAUAGUUCUUGAAGUAAUUUAAUACCAAAUUAAAUUUAUUUUUAAAACUUCAUGCUGCUGUUUGAUAAAAAUUUGGUUGAAGUUUGACCAUUUAAAACGUGCAAAUUUUAAAACUCUUGGAAUAUUUUGUAAGCAGUAAAUUUUUUGUAUUCACAUUUGUUUUUUGGCCAGAAUUCAACACCGUGUGAUUUAAAUGUGCUUUGGUCUGAAUGAAUUCUUAGCUUGAUUUAGAAUUGUAUUUUGAUUGGGUCUGUUCACUGCUGACUACAGCAAGAGUUGCCUGUGCACCAGUGAGGCAAUUUACCAUCCAUUAACAGCAGAAACUAUAUGCACAAGUAAAGGAUCUAUCUUUAUUGUAGAAUUGCAUUUCCUGUUAUGAUACUUUUCUCUAUAUAGGGAGCUGUCUGAUUUAUAUCCAAAUUUGAAGUUUCACCAAAAUAAAGGUUGCACUGCAUAGACUCAUGGCA